AUCUUCCUAUCGCCUUGCAGGUUGCAGCCAAAGUAGCGAUGGAACUCAAGAAUUCCACGAGUCUCCAUGCGAUCACUGCCGCUUCAUCCCCUCCAUUCUCUGGGCAUUCUCUCCACAAACCUCAAAGCGAUGAUCUUAAAGAUACCAUUAUUUAGUCAUAGUUUGAAAGAGAGGAGAGCGUGUAGGUUUUCUGCGCUCGCAUAGGGACACGAGUAAGCAUUCAAGGGCCAUCGACGUCAAGGCCAUGAGCAUAGUGGUGGAUUUCAAUCCUCCGUCGGCCUGGAGGCGGCCACAAGAUGGAAGGAAAUGCGGGUUCAAGUACAAGGCCAUGGUGAGGUUCCUGGCACUCACGAGACGACGGCUUUGCGUGCUGGGUUUGCACAGCACAAUGGAUUGCACAGCUCCUCAAAGUGGGUCUUCAGGAGAUCUGGAGGGCAGCAGCAACUGUGAUUGCUGGUGCGGAUGCGGGAGGAGGCAAGUGCUUGCAUCAAUCCUGGGAACAUCGCUAGCAACGAGUGAGGCUGGACUACAUGCAGGUGGCCUUGAAGAUGGCUAUCUACAAACGCUGAGAGCAGUCCAUCCGAAAAGGCCUGACUGGUACGAGGAGUUCUACGCACAAAGCAUAAAAUGUGGAAUGGUGGCUUACGAGGCUGAGGCGGCGAAAUACAAAGAGAAACUGUUCGAGAGCCUGAGACAAAGAUCGGCUGCCACCACUGUUUUGGAGCUCGGUGUCGGCACGGGUCCAAAUCUCAAGUAUUACGCGAGAUCAGGGAGCGGCAUGAGUGUCAUUGGGAUCGAUCCCAACGAAAAAAUGGAGAAGUACGCUCGAGCUGCUGCAGCCGAUGCCGGGCUAUCGAAUUCCCAAUUCAAGUUUAUCCAUGCCGUUGGAGAGCAAAUACCCCUCGCCACUUCGACCGUAGAUUCGGUCAUCUCAACUCUGGUGCUGUGCUCGGUGAAAGAUCUAAAUUCAACUCUCCAAGAAGUGAAGCGAGUCCUCAAGCCCGGAGCUACGUUCUACUUCCUGGAGCACGUUGCGGCUCAAGGAAGCAGCGUGAGAUUCUGGCAAAACGUUCUCGACCCCGUCCAACAGUUCGUCGCCGAUGGCUGCCACCUCACCCGUGACACUCUUUCCGGCAUCCAGUCCGCCAGCUUCGCGAGCGUCGCGGCGCAGCGAAUCAACAUCAGCAGCGCCUUCCUGAUCUCGCCGCAUGUCAUAGGGACCGCGCAAUCUUCACGGUUGUAACAACAAAAAUUUGAUCCUCCUCGGUGGAAAAAUGCAAUCACGACCAUUCAAAGA